UUCCCUUCCAUCUAGUAAACUAUAUACUUGCCUCGACCACUACCGUGGUUACAAAUAAACUAGUGUCCGUAUGUGUGUAGACGAUAAAUUUCUAACUUGUGACUUACUAGUAUACGUACUGCCAUAGUUACCAUGGCCAUAUUAUAAAUUGACCGCAGAGCUUAUCCAAUUUGUAACUAUACUUUUGCAUUUGCAUAAACCUAACCACAAAAAUUGUUUCGUCGAACAUCUCAUGCAGUAAUAUUAAAUUAGUGUUAUAUAAGUUUCAGAUCUUUAAUCCAAGAUUAAUGUUUGUGCAAUUACAUUUGAUAUUAAAUUUAUUCGAAUUAUAUAUCUUUACAAUUAGAUUCAUAUUCAACUUAUUGCAUUGACAAUCACGUAGAUCACAUAAAUUGCAAUAGUUAAUUUUUCAAUCAUUCUUUACCAUGUCGAAGAUCACUGUACGCGAGAAUUUAGCCGAUAUUUUUUGUUUAGAAGAUAUUAAACCACCCAUCGAUAGUUUUUUAUCUGGAAAAUAUAAAAGGAGUUUUGCUUUUAAAACUAUCAAAGAUAGACUUCCUGUGAUAUUAACUCAAAUAAUUGAUACACUCAGCCGCGAAAAGGAUAACAUAACACAAAAAUAUGGUGCAGGUGCUGUAGAGGAUAUUAAGCAGGUGAUUGGGGGUAUAAGUAAACUAAAAAAUGAAUUAGUAACAAAUAAGCCCCUCCUGCUUAUUGAAGGAUCCAAAUAUGCUUUCGAUAAUGAUGCAUCAGUGUGGAAUAAUAAAAUCGAACAACUACAAAAAGCAAAAAAAGAAACUCAAACUUGGUAUAAUACUAUUUGGCUUAUAUGUGAAUGCUAUAUGUACCGAAGAGUAAUCCAAGAACUAGAACAUACAAAUUACUUAAAAACUUAUGAUCCAUUUCUAAUUCAAAAAAAAGAAAGUUAUUUUCAAUCAUUGAAAAGUAUGAAUUUCGUGUCAGAACAUAUUAUGAAAUUAAUCAAUACAAGCAGUAAUUUUAAUACAGAAGAACUUCAAAAUAAUUUUAUAACUUUCUUAAGACUCAGCUUAUGGGGUAACAGAUGUGAUUUAUCUUUGAGUAGUGGAGAAUUAAUAUCACAAGAACAUAAUCCACUGAAUUUGUUGGAAUCUCUUAAUAACAAACUUUUAAUAGAUGAUAGCCGAAAAGUUUGGAAUCUCCUAGAUAUUUGCUGUUUAGACAAAAUGGAUAACAUUAUAGAUAUUGUAUUGGAUAAUGCUGCCUAUGAAUUAUUUACUGAUUUAUGUUUAGCAGCAUAUCUGAUAACAUUUAAGUUUGCUAAAAAGAUAAGAUUUUAUGUCAAACAGUACCCUUGGUUUAUCAGCGAUGUUACAACCAAUGAUUUUGAAUGGCUUAUUGAAUCUAUGGUGAAAGCAGAGAACUCUGAUAUUCAUACUUUUGGUAGUUAUUGUGAAAAAUGCUAUAAAAAUAAUAUAUGGACGAUAGAGAAAGAAUCAUUUUGGACAGAACCUUUUGAUUAUUCUGAAAUGAAAAAUGAAAAUCCAACAUUGUACAACAAAUUAGCAGAAGCUAAAUUAGUUAUAUUCAAAGGUGAUCUUAACUACCGGAAACUUUUAGGUGAUAUUAAUUGGAAAUAUACAACAGAAUUUGAGGAUGCUUUACGAGGUUUCAAACCAACGAAUUUAGUUAGCUUAAGAACAUUAAAAGCUGAUUUAUGUGUAGGAUUGCAAUCUGAAAAAAUUAAAUCUUUAGAUGAAAAUGAACCUGACUGGAUGAUUACAGGAAAAUAUGGUUUAAUUCAAAGCUAUAUUCACUAAUGAUUAUAAAAAUUAGACUGUUUUUUCAAUUUUAAUUUUUUAAUGCAUUGUAAAUACAUUAAAUGGUAUAUAAAAUAUUGCAGUGAUAUUUAAUCUAUCUCUAUAAAAGUGUUGUUUAUUUUCUAAAAUAUUUCAAGAGAUUUAAUGUUAUUCUAUGAAGGUAAAAAAACUUACUUUAUAAAUAAUGACUGAUUAUAAAUCCAGUUUUAC